AUGGCGAAUUUCACAUCUUUACCUCCCGAACUGGUGUUUCAGAUUCUCUCCUAUCUGCCCAUCCCAUCAAUCGUCGCGGUGCAGCAAGUUUCCGGGGGUUUGAACCAACUUUUCAAGGAGGGAAGUGGGGACAACGAAAGGAGCAUCUACAAGCGUGCAGCCUGGCUCCAUGGACUGGCCAAUCCGAAGAUCGAACUUCAAAAUCUCGCUACUUUUUAUUCAGGCCAAAGUCUGAAAGGCUUGGAGGGGGAAGCGUUAACCUGGAAGGAUUUCUGCAAGAGAAGAGUUGAAGUUAACCGUUCCUGGGCUGGAACACUACCCUCGGAUGUAAAGAGGUAUCACCCACCUCCAAAUCACCGCUCAGGACCUGCAGAAGGUUUGUGGUCCAGCGUCCCAAAAGACGUCCAUCGUAUCAAGGUCGAUGAAACCAGGGGCUUCUUCCUCACGACCACCCGUGGUGGGAGCAUAGUCGUCUCUGAAAUCUCAACAGGAAGGUCGUUGUGGAGUCUGCCUAGGGUUUACGUCCGCCCGUAUGCCCAUCUCGAGUACGAGAACGGGUACAUAGUCUUUGACCGCUUUGAUGGCAAGAAGGAAGUGUGGAGGCUUCAGGUUAUUCCACCUGUGGACAUUGAAGCGGACUGUGCAAUCGACGAGGGUCAGAACGCAGUGGCGUCCAUGAUGCAGCAAAUCUGGUCCAUGAUCACACCCCAUACGAUGCCCCCGCCCCCGCCUCUCUUUGUUCCCCAUCUCCUUAUCCCGGUUCCUGUCUGGAACAACGUGCCAGAUCAUACCCGAGCGUACCGACUCGUCUACCCCUAUCUCCUCUCUGCCUCAGCUACCCGUGCUUAUAUCUGGGAUGUACGGACGGGGAAGAGAGCCCAGGUGGUCGAGAACAUUCAGGACGUACUAUUGGAUGGGGAAACCAAGAACGUACCCACUGGAAGCUACGAUGGCGAGCGCUGGUGGAACGAUUCCCCGUCAUUGAUCACUGAUCACGAUAAUGGAGACUCGGAUGAAGAAGAGGAAGAGCCAGAGUUCGAAUUUGCGCCCGCUAUUUCACUGUCUGGGUUCAACAUAGCGGCUGCGGAUGACGACAACGGGAGUCCGAGGUCGGAUUUGGACAUCGAGGACAUCAACCUGUCACAACACAUCGACCGCGCCCUGGAAUAUGCAUCUAAACCGAUGAAUGUCGAUCCUGGUCAAAUCGCAUCCACCUCGUCCACGACCAUCGAAGAGAACACCAACGUCUUCCCUCAGUACCCGCCGUUUACUUCAGGAUUUUUCGACGAGACAGCUUUGUUCUCGGAUCCACCCACUCGCAGCGAAGAUAGCCAGGGCACCGAGACAUUCGACCCGCUCUCUCUAUCAACCGAUGCUCCCAAGUCCCUCGGAACCAUCAGCUACGUCGAGCUUGGGAAGAGGUGGGUAUUCAUCGUAGGCAAGGACGAGCUCCGAGUCUUCAAGCGGGGCAACAUCGGGGAACCAAAUGACGAAGAAUCGGAAGACGAGCCGUUCGCUAUCGCACCAGGACACCUCGCCCUUCGUUUACCCGCCAAUCGAGACCGGUACGGCCGCUGGGUUGGCCAACUGGAGUCGAGCAGUGUCCGAGAGCACCGGGAGAGCGAGCUGGUCAGACAGGAAGUCGUGUGGAAGUAUCGAGAGUCGGAGGAACCGGUCGAAAGUGGGAAUGUCUGUAGAGACGGGGUCAAGAUCUCGACACUCGGUGGAAAGAGGAGGAAGCGGGUUUGGGACAAGUUCAUCGCUGCGCACAUUUCACCCAACCAACAACACCUAGUGAUCCUGACGGCCUCCUCGAGGAUCAUCUAUAUCCCAUUCUUCGAGCGCGUCAUCUACAGGCAGGCGAGGUUGUAUGACGUGGCACUCGAGCUUCAACUUGGAGACCCAAGGAAUGAGUCCGUCUAUCUCGCCUAUGGAUGUAAGGGGAAUGCUCGUAUCAGUGCCGUGACGAGGGGCGGACUGUUCGUCAUCACUCCCUACUUCCUCAGCGAGGCUGAUUCUACGGUCUCCAACACGAACCGCGACCCCGGUCCAUCUUCGUCAUCUGAGCGCCCACCUCCACAACGCCACGUGCAGUUCACAGUCCACCGAGUGACACCUUUCUUCAACGAUCCCGAGCGGCUCUCACAGGUCUCGUGUCUGCAGAUGAGCGACACUGGCCUCUGGCUCAAUUGGGCGAGGGGAAUUCUGCCACAUGCUGGGGUAGCGCCUGAUACCGAUGAAGAGGAGGACGCAAUGUACUCGACGGAGCUUUUGCAGAAGUACGGGGUGGGGCGUGAUAGGAACGACAGCGAAGACGACGAAGAAGAGUUCGGAGGGGAGACUGAUCAACUACUAGAAGAUGGUGACGAGCUGACACCGCAUGGUGAUGGUCAUCACCAGGGGACAGGACGUAGACGAAUGCCCGGCGCCUUCUUUGAACCCCGACGAAGCGACGACGAAACGCUUGACGGGGCAAUCCAGCAGAAAAGAAGGGCGGAGAAGAGGAAGAGAUGGGAUAGUGCGGAGGCGAGCGUGAAGGGGUCCAAGUAUGCUUGGAAGCCUGAGACGCGCAGGAGCUAUAGGGACCAAGCGAGGAUGUUGUUUGAGGAAAUGUUUGUGGAUGGGUUGAAACAGGGACGCAAAGUCCAGCUAAACCAUCGGGGAGAAGGGAUGAUUGUGACGGGCCAUCGCGCUGCGUAUCUGGACCCGGAAACUGUAUUCCAGGACUAUUCAGAGGUCCACCAGAUCAGAUUUGUACCUUGA